AUGCUACCAUUCCGAGAGUUAUUGAAACCAGGUACACCGUUCAUCUGGGAUGUCAAUAUCAAUGCACACUUCGAGGAAUCUAAAACUGCCAUUAUCAAUGAAAUUGAAGAAGGCGUGCGAAUCUUUGACAAGACAAAACCUACAUGUCUCGCCACUGAUUGGUCGAAGUCAGGAAUUCGGUUCUGGCUGUUCCAGAAACAUUGCAACUGUCCGGACAACCAGCCACGGUUGGAAGAUUAUUUUCACCAUCGGGGUGUUGGAUAUUUAGUUUUAGUUGAUCGAUACUCGAACUGGCCCAUAGUUGAACGAUAUUCGAAUGGUGCAGAGGGCCUUAUUACUUCACUACGCCGAACAUUUGUGACAUUUGGGAUUCCGGAUGAAUUGACAUCUGAUGGCGGACCUGAAUUUACGGCAACGACAACCAGGCAAUUCUUAAAAGAUUGGGGAGUCCAUCACCGCCUUUCCUCUGUGGCUUUCCCACACAGUAAUUGCAGAGCUGAAAAAGACGUCAAAACCGUCAAACGUCUAAUAGCCGACAACACAGGUAGCAACGGGGAUCUCAACACCGAUGCAUUUCAACGUGCGAUGCUCCAGUACAGGAACACACCUGACAGAGACACCAAGUUAUCUCCUGCUACAUGUGUAUUUGGUCAUCCCAUCAGAGACUUCAUACCUGUUCCGCCCGGCAGGUACCGUCCCCAUAACACAUGGAAGGAAACACUCGAUGCAAGAGAAAGUUUGCCAGAAGUCCGUACAAUUAGGGAUGAUGAAACUUGGAAUCAGUUUGUACCUCUUGUCAGCUCUCAGACAACUAAAGCGUCUGAGACCAUUGUGAAACACAACCAGGACACUAUUCCAACAACGCAAAAUCCGAACACAUAUUGUACCCUCCCAUCAACCACUUUACCUUCACCAAGUGGUCACACCCAUAACACUCGUUUGGAUGUUGAUGCCCCGGAAUGCCUUCCGAUUGAUCUCGGCAACACCAAAAAUCAUCCAGCUGAGAUCCCACCUCCCAGUGAUAGCACAAACUCUCCAUCGCGGGUCACCUCCAUGCCAAAUUUUUUAGAGCAACGCAAAUCUAGUCGUACCCGUCAACCGCCAACAUGGCACCGUGAUUUCGAGAUGAACUAG